AUGGAGCACAUCACCAUCAUUCCAUUCUCUCCCUCUCAACACACCCACUUCAUCCCCGCCAUCAUCCAAAUGCACAUCGAUUGCAUCCAAUCCGACGGCGCUCUCCUACGCUUCCACCCGCCCUUCACCCCGGAAAAGCUUAAAAAAAUGGAAUCCUUCUGGAAUGAACGCCUCUCUCAGGUCUCUUCCGGCCGUCGCAUCACCUUGAUUGCGCUUGUAUCAUCCGAUGGCAAGGACCAAGGUGAUGUCGCCGGCAUUAUAGAGCUCGGCAUGCCAGAGGCAGACACAGGCCCUUUCCGGGGCGACGUAGAGAUGUUGAUGGUGUCGCCCAAUUAUCGGCGCAGAGGACUAGCCAAUAAGCUAAUCAACGAAUUGGAAGAAAUCGCAAAGGAAAAGAGACGGACAUUGCUACAACUAUCGACCGACGUUGGCUCUACGGCGGAAAAAUACGUAUAUCCUCGCCUAGGAUAUGUUCUUAUGGGAACGAUUCCCAACUAUGGUAUCUCGCCUCGAGACGGCUCGCUGAAAGACGGCGCAUUUUUCUACAAACAGCUGGUUCCUAUUAGCUAG